AGUAGAAACUCAACCUGUUCAUCAUGUCCGCUCAGCCUCUCCCUGUCGCGAGAGUGGUUCCUAUCGGUCCUUCAUGCGACCCCUCACCCGUUCUUGAGUCGCUGGGGCUGUCGGAGAGGCAAGCUACUCUCGAAUUGGACACCAAAUACUAUACCUGCAGCAUUCACGUCGAGUGCAGCAGCGAAAUUGAUGGCAAGCCUGCUGAAGCUGUUAUUCUAGUGGUAGAGCGGCCCGGCUCCGUCUGUCUUCCAGAAGGUCGCUUUGACGAGUCCGCUGUUAAACUGAUGGUCAUGAUGGGAUCGAUCACGACGAGAGUUGAAGAGUGGUGCUGGGAUAGAGGUUUUGAAGUCGUUGAUUUCGACGAGGAGCCAGAGCGGGUUCUCGAGGCUUUGAAGAUGCAUGACUGGUCUAACGCGGUGUUGAAAAUUGAACAGGGAGGCGACGGAGCGAAGCAGAAUGAUUCGGCUGAGAAGAAGGCUGACGAAGUGAGCAUAGAAGAGUUGGACGGGUUGAUGAGCCAAAUCAAGGCAGCUCAUGAUUCGGCACUGCAGGCUGGCUCUGACGCAGAAAGGAGGCAGCGGGCUGAGCAGCUCACGAUGCGGUUAAUGCAACUCAUGGGGUCGGACAGUGAGGAUGACGAUCCCUGAUAGUUUCGGA